UUAAGAGUAACAAGUAUAUCUCGAGAGGGUGAGUAAAAAGAGUAAGUAGUGAGAGAGAGGAUAGUCAAGAGGCAUUAACAAAAGUAUUAAGAAAUGGGAUGCUGCUUUAGUGCCGGAAAAGUCACAGCUCCACCAGUCCCCGCCGCCGUUAAGAUUCCUCCACCCAUUGAAGAAGAAUCCGUGAAAGAAGUCGUGGUUCAGUCAGUUUCUGUAUCCGUCCCCGUACCCAUCUCCGUCCCUGUCCCUGUCCCAGUUCCGGACAUAGUUCCGUCAGCAGCUACAGUUAUCUCAGAUUCAGAACCUCAAGUUCCUCUGCCUCCCUCACCUCCAGCUCCGGAGAUCUCUCAAAGCAAGUCAGACAUUUGCAGCGUCUCUGUCUCUCACAGCUACUCAACCGCCACUACUGCUACUGCUGCUUCCAUCCUCGAAGACGACGCUCUCAGCAAACCCCACCGUCCUCUCCCUCCUCCUUCUUCUUCCACGUCUCGCCGGAACAGGCCUGACAGAGUCCUCAGAUCUCCGGGAGAGAGACAUUCUCCUCAGGGGAAGCAGCUCCGUCCCAGGUUAGUCCGAGAGAGACAGUCCCGUCAGCCAAACCCUACUCACAACCGGCGAAAUGUGGAUUCGGGUCCACUCCCACGGAGCGGGUUAUCGGAUAAUCCGAGGCGUCGCUCACAGUCACCGGCCACUCGUGUCCCGAGUUCCGCAAGGAGAAGCCCCAUGAAAAAGCGAGAAAAAGCUCCGGAGAAAGUAGGAGCAGCAACAGAGGUGAAGAAGGAAGAAGUUGAGAAAGUAGCUGUUGAGGUAAAGAAGGAAGAAGAUGGAGAAGCAGUGAAGGACCCUGAAGUGUCCAUGGAAUGCUUCAUCUUUCUCUGAUGGUCUCUUCUUACUACCUUCAUCAUUAACUGAUUUAACUCUGAUGUGAUUGAUUGAUCUAGUUCUUUUUUUUUCCCUUUUUUGAUUUGUAAAUUGCGGAAUGUAUUGAAUCAUAUAACCAAAUCUUUUGCGGAUCU